AUGUUCAGGUGGAUCGCAUGUCCUUUUCAUCGACCAUUACAUUAUCGGCGAUCGAUUAUAUUUCCAAUCAUUACAUUUAUGAUAACAACUGGUCUUCUCUAUGGACUUGUUGAACAUUACACAUAUGCAACUCAUCCUGUAGAUCCAGACUUUCAUUCUAAUUAUUCGUCUUCACAUUUUAAUUGCCAAUUAAGAAAUGAAACAGUACGCGCAAUUGAUUUAGCAUCGAGUGAUUACUGUAAAAAUCUAUUACAAGAUACUUCAUGUAAAAUUAAUUCUAUUACAAAUUUCUUUCCAAAAUCAUUACCACGCUUGUGUCCCAUUCAAAAAGGUCAUUUCGGCGAUGUCGUUGGUUGUCUAUCAACGGAUGCCAAUCCAGCAUAUCAUGGAAAUAACUCGGAAAUAUUUGAUAUCGAUAUUAUAUGUAUUGAUCAUUGUUUAAAACUUAGUCUUUCUUUUGCUGGAUAUAAUGCAUUGACUGGCCACUGUUUUUGUUUAUCAACAUUCAAUGAUCAACAUCGUUUAAUAGAUUCAAAUCACAAAUGCGCAGAAGUAGUUGAAAAUAAUUAUAAAUUAAAAGUAAAUUCAAGUACAAUUUAUCGAACCGGUUAUACAGAAUUCGGCAAUCAUCUUGGCAAACGUCGUCUCGGUCAAAACAAUACUCAAAUAGCUAUUGUCUUUUUUCUAACUGUUGGCGGUCGAAAAAAUCUUCGACAAAUAAAACGAUUAUUACGAGCUAUUUAUUCAAAGCAACAUUAUUAUUUGAUACAUGUUGAUAACCGUGAAGAUUACUUAUAUGAAGAAUUGCUUCAAGUAUCAAAACGAAUUUCAAAUAUUCAUUUAACGAACAAACGUUAUCCAACAACAUGGGGUGCUUCGACAUUAUUAACUGCACAUUUAGAAGCAUUUAAACAAAUAUUUGAUGAGUUAAAAUGGAAUUUUUCUUUUGUACUCAAUUUAAGUGAAAGCGAUUUUCCACUAAAGCCUAUUCAAGUUUUGACUAAUUUUCUAUCAAUGUAUACAUCAUAUAAUUUUCUUCGUUCGCAUGGUCGAGAACCGUAUAAAUUUAUUCGAUCUCAAGGACUUUUUCAUACAUUUAUCCAUUGCGAUGAUUACAUGUUUCGCAUCGGGCCGAGGCCGUUAAUUCAAAAUAUUAUCUAUGAUGGUGGAUCUGAUUGGUACGUAUUGAAUCGUGAUUUUGUACAUUAUGUGACCUAUGGCAAUGAUGAACUUGUAAAUGGUCUUCGACAUAUAUUCAAUUAUUCAUUGUUACCUUGCGAGAGUUUCUUUCAUACUGUAUUAAGCAAUAGUGAACAUUGCGAUACAUAUAUUCGAAAUAACUUACGUCUUGUACAUUGGAAUCGAGAACGUGGAUGUAAAUGUCAACAUAAAAAAAUGGUUGAUUGGUGUGGUUGUUCGCCAAUUAUUUAUAGAAACAAUGAUAAAACAUUAUUGAAUGAAACAAUUGAUAAACCAUAUUUUUUCGCUCGAAAAUUUGAUCCAACAAUUGACGAAGCAAUUCUCGAUUGGCUUGAUACGAAAAUCUCAAGACGAAAUUUAUCCAAUGGUGCUUUUUAUUUACAAAAUAUUUAUCAUUCGAAUUAUGAAGCCGAUAGUUUAAAUAAUGUUUUAAAAUUAAUCGAUACAUUUGCACGUACAAUACUUACUGAUUAUCAGCAACAUCGACGUAAUUGCUUUCUUGACGAUAGUAUUUAUUUAGAACAAAUUCAUUCUAUAUUCGAGUCGAGCCUAUUUCAAGGCUAUUCAUUACAAUAUAAAUUUAAUGAUGGAGAACAAUUUGAAUUAUUAAUGAAAUUAAAUUCAUUGACUACGAUACGCUCGGAGCAAGUUAAAAGAUUUGAAGUCGGUUUAGAAUUAGACGUAAAAGAAAUUGUUUUUCUUGAUCGUAGUAAAACAUUUAUUGAACCAAAAUUAGUCAAAGUUCUUAUCGAAUGGGAAUCUAUGAAUGAUAAUGAUACAUGUUUAGUCAUCAGUAGUCCUAGUGGUAUUGUCCUUCAACGAGUAAACCUUCUUCCAUCUGUUGAACCUCUUAUUAUUGAUAUAUUUUUUCCGGUGGUAUCCUCGACAAAUAUGGUUGGUAUAUGGGGAAUGUCGAUAGUUAAAGAAAAUUAUGAAGCUAGUUUAGCGUCAUUGAAUUUUCUGGUUUUACUAUCUAAUGAAGAACCAUCAUUGAAUGAUCAAUAUUUGCGGAUAACAAAGAGAUUUUGGUCGAUAUCAAAUAUGUGUACAACGAAAGUAAAUUCUUCUUUGUGUCAUGAUCUAUCAAAUCGAACAAAAAUAACGGCUAUUAACAAUUGUUUUGAGCAACGAUGGAGUUAUUUCUUUUAUGACAUUAAGUCAGAUUGGUGA